AUGACCGGCGUCUCUUUCGAGGGAACCACUUCGGAGACUGAACUGACUCUCUGUGAACCGCCAGUCAACUGGCAAGAUCCAUCAACUUCACUCAUCCUCUUCGCGCCUGGUGCCGGGUUUCCACGCCAGCUGUAUUCGAUCCUGUUGACGAGUUUCGUCGCCAAGUCAGGCUACACCGUCGUCGUCUUUGAACAGCCCGGCUACGCCGAGUUUGAAACUUUUCCCAAUAACACCACCGAGGUCGGGCAGGUCAACGUGACGGGUGGGAAUGGUUUGGACGUGCUUGUCCAAGAUGCCAUUCGACGUCGGCAACUUCAGCCACGUACCGUCCUGCCGCCAUGUUCGGCCACAGCGAAGGGGGCGCUGUCACGGCGGCAUCUGUCCUCGCUGAACCGCAUCGUCUGCUCGGAGGAAUCAACCGGAGCAUUUUACGGGGCUCCUCUCCUCGCAGACGCAAGCAUCAAGCAGGCAUUUGCGAUCUUCUCCUCGUCGAUCCAUAAUUUCUCCGUCUCGCCCUCAUGGCCUGUCAUUUGGAGCCACCUGGAGGGGGAUCAAUGGCAGAUCCAGCUGAACAAUAGUGAGCAUGCUACAUAUGGGGAUUUCCCAUUUCUGGCGGAUCUGUGGGGCAUCAGGGAGAAGACGCAUGGACUGGUUGAUGAGCUUGUGGGUGCGAUCCCGGGGCAGGAAGCCAUCGAUGUGAUUGGCAAUUUGACGAAAGCUUUCGUGUUUGGGAAAGAACCUGUUGGAAAUGUGGUCGCCAACGCAAAGGAGGACGAAAAGGUCUGGAGAGUGCAAAACGUGACUGUUUCGUGA